CGUUUCACGAAGAGGAACCGAAUCCCGGAAGCUCCGACAAUGGUUGAUGGGAUGUGUCGCUACCCUCCGGGACUCCGGUCGUCGUUCCCGUGCUGCAGUCCACCCAUUGUGAAGCGGACAAAAUGAAUUUAGCAGACGUCCCCGAACGACUAUGUUAGGAAUAUUAAGGUGUCUCCUAUUCCACCCUCAUGCCCAUCUGCACACCCAUCUGAAAUCACAUGCUGGUCCUGAAGUCACACGUCAAACCAUGUUUUUGUGAGGAAAGAACAUACUAACUAGGAUGCACUCUUCAAACCACCGACUGCGAGAUAUGGAGCAGCACCACCCUCUGCUAUCAGCGGGUGGCGACGUCGAGUCAGGCAGCCUGGCAGCCGGUGUGAUGGUCGGUGGAGUCCACGCGGACCACACAGUCGGGAACCGCACGCUCUGGUUUAUCCAGGACAGCUGCGGUAUGGUGUGCGCCAGCAUGACCUGGUUCCUGGUGCUGUAUGCCGAGUUUGUCGUCAACUUUGUCAUGCUGCUGCCCGCCAAGAACUUCUGGUAUUCUCUGCUGAACGGCGCCACUUUCAACGCCCUCGCCAUGCUCGCUCUGGCUUCACAUCUGCGCACUAUGUUGUCAGAUCCAGGUGCGGUUCCCAAAGGCAACGCUACCAAGGAGUACAUGGAGAGGUUGCAGCUAAAGCCUGGUGAGGUCAUCUACAAGUGCCCCAAGUGCUGCAGCAUCAAGCCUGAGAGAGCGCACCACUGCAGUAUUUGUAAAAGGUGCAUCCGGAAGAUGGAUCACCACUGUCCCUGGGUCAAUAACUGCAUAGGAGAAAAGAAUCAGAGAUUCUUUGUCCUUUUCACUAUGUACAUAGCAUUGAUUUCCGCUCAUGCGCUUGGCCUCAGUGGCAUGCACUUUUUCACGUGCAUUAAAGUACAGUGGAACGAGUGCAGCGUAUUCUCUCCUGGGGUCUCCGUGCUACUACUGAUCUUCCUCUGUCUCGAAGCCAUUCUCUUUCUCACGUUCACUGCUGUCAUGUUUGGUACGCAGAUCCACUCCAUCUGCAACGACGAAACGGAGAUUGAACGUCUUAAAAACGAGAAGCCCACCUGGGAGCGUCGCACCAGAUGGGACGGAAUGAAAGCCGUGUUUGGCGGUCCGCCCUCCCUGCUGUGGUGCAAUCCGUUCACGGGGCUUCGCCUGCGUCGCCUGAAACUCCUGACCCAAGCUCGCCGCCCCGGGUCUGAGUUUUCCAUCUGAGGGCAGGGCGGACCUGUAAUGACUCUAAAAAAGGUGAUGGGAUGGACAUGAGCUCCCCUGUGGCAGGCCUUGCUGUGUGGCUGACAAGGUGCUCCGAUGGGACUGCUGGACUUCAGCAAACUCCACUGCCUAUCCAUGCUCUCACCAACAACUGGAAGAGGUUUUUUGAUUUGUGUGGUGACGCAUGCAGUAUAUAACUCUUCGAGAGUCUUUUAUUCCUUUUGAGGCCAUUAUCUCCUGCUCCUGUUGCACCCAGCUUUCCUUUUCUGUUUCUUACCAUUAGAUUGAGAUGAGAUUCAAAGUGAAUAUUUGACAUUGGGGGUGAGCAGCAUUAUUGCAGAUCUUAAUGGAGCAGCCACACAAAGGACAGACACUAUUCGUACGACACUUGAGAGUGGAGCACACCAGACACAGCGCGUGGACGUGUGGAGCUUUGAUUUGCAUGUCUGCAAUCAGUCUCGGCCGCUCCAGCCUGAUGAGGGUUUUUCACCAUCUGCAAAUGGAGGAUGAUAUUGUGAAAAUCAAGCCUCUUUCUUCUUCCACAGGGAUGAAUGCCUUUUGCCGUGUUUUUAUGUCCAGCAUCAUUAUUAUUUAUCUCGUGGCUGUUGCUGGGCCUAGUCCAAAACAAUGUAUGUAUCAUCGCACAUAUGACUCACUGGAGGCAAUUUUUUUGGGAGUCAAGUUUCAUCUUACCUGAACUGGGUUUGGCUUUAUACAUGCUGCUCUAUUUUAUAUGACAAUGACUCAGAAGAUCAGGAUCCCUAGCUGCUGUCAAAGUGGCUCCCUCUUGUGGAAACCACAAAGCUUCAAAUGUAUGGAGAACAGUUGACAACAUUUUACAAAGCCUCGCAAGCUCCCUGCGACAGCCAACUUUUGGAACCCAAUGGUUUUGCAUGCUGCUCGGCUAUCAUGUGACGUGAUGUCGUGGAGGACGAUCCACAAGCACAGAGUGGUUGGCAAGAGCCGCGCUGUUAAAUUGCGAAACUGCUUCGCACAUUCAACGAGCCAACUCUUCCAUUAGUUCACAACUAUAAGGCCUGAUGAAACAAGCAAACCUUCUCCAGUGUUUUUAGAACACGAACUGUAAUGCCUUUCAAUGUCAUCCACUCAAAUGAAUUCGUCCACAAAACUGAUAGUUUUCCUCACGUUAUUUGUUGCUGCAUUAGGGCAUAGGAGGUUGUUUUGUUUUUUUGCACUGGAUAAGUAUGGCUUGAAUUCAGAUUUUAAAGUCACUCAUAGUAUUGUCACAUAACCAGAAGUCACUUUCUCUCCAUGUGCGGGACUUGUUCUCUUCUGUGGUCGGCAGGGGAAGGACUCUUUCUUCCUCACUGUUUACAGUAUAAAUGGUUUGCAAUAUGGAUGCUACUCAACGAAUGUAAAACGGCACACAGAACAAACUGCUAUCAGGGGAGUUUUAUUAACACAGACCUCAUUUCUCUUACUGUGCUAGUAACCAUUUUGUUGUGAUUAAAUGCAGUCAUGUUUUUAACUAUCAAUAUUUUGCAAUUGUUAAUGACAUCACUUAAAAGUAACAGGCUCAAAGUGGUGAAAGGCCAGCUGAACAUGUGGCUAGUCUAUGAAUCCAAGGACAAUUUAUUGCUGCAAGAUAGAUGAUGUUUAACAUGUAAACCACAGUGGGGCCAGUGGCCCCCCAAGAGUAUAUGAUUUGGCCCACCAUGCAAUUCUGAAAACAAAUACAAUCUCACAGGAACUGUUAUAAAAAGCUACAAAGCAUUCAACUCAUCAAUGCUCAUGAUUCACAAUAGGAAAAAGGUCUCUUCUCCCCCCCCCCCCCCCAAUCUACACAUAUAUUUGUAUCUGUAUUUGUAAACUCUCACAAUGUCCGAUCAAACAGCUGCAAUAGAAGUGGAUGUAGGAACAAAUUGUCUAUCUUAUAUUGAGUUAUUGAUGGUAACAUAGUUUUGGCUGGGAAUAAACGUGGCUGUAUAAAGUAGGAGUGAUGUGUGAUGACUUUACACUGAUGAUGUAAACAUCAUAAAUCGUGGUUUCCUUUACAGGGUUAGCAGAAGCCACAAGGCAUUUUUCUUUAUCGGUGAUUGUAUUUUUAAUCCCUGCAUUACAUUACAGUGACAUCACUGGGUUGUGUAACCCGGACACCACGCCGAAUAAAGUUUAGUUUCCUGUUCUACUGAGAGAUUGUACCCUCAAAGUCUAGACCUACGGCUUGUAUUAGAGUAUAAAGGUUUUCAUGAUCAUGGCAUAAAUGGAAUAUUCUGAGGUUGUUAUAUAUAAUGUCAUCUUAAAUGUCAUAAACAUAUUUAAAUGAGGA